CAGACAAUUUUCAUAGAUAAUUCAGUUAGUGAAAUUUACUAAUCAUCUUUGGUCAGACUGAGUAAGCAGCGUUAAUUAAAAGUUUCAAAAGUGAUUCUACUAUAACACAAACCAAUGACAAAAAUAGGAAAAACUAUAAUCAAAUGGAUACCCUAUAAAAUAUACGAAAGGUUUCCUUUUUCAGCGCCGUACUCCUACCAAGCUUCGGGCCGCAAGAGCUUCAAUUCGGAGAAGCUCUACAUAUUGAACGACACGCAAAUGAAUCUGGUAACGAACAGGACAACGAGCGAUAUUACAUCGAAUACGAUGUGGAUGUUCAUGAUGAUCGCGAUAGGAGCCUCGUUCCUGGUGGUUGUCACCGGUUUGUGCGCCUGGUGUCAGAUUGUAAGACCAUUCAAGCAUCGGAAUUCCAGUUACGAAGUCCGGCAGCCGGUCGAAAGGAAUUCCAGUACUGCCCCCUUCGACCUCAAAAUCAACAUCAAAAUCGAAAACCAGGAAACGCUCCCGACGAUGUGA